UGAGGAGAGAGCGAGAGACACAGAGAGAGAGGGAGAGAGAGGGAGCAGAGAAACGUCCUCCUGCUGCUACUGCACGGACAAAAGGAGGAGGACAGACACAGAGACAGGGACAGAGACAAGGACAGAGGGACACAGUCGGACGGACACCCCGGGAGGAUGGGCCGGCGGAGUGGCCGUCGGUAGCGCUGUGUUUUCGGGGACGGAGCCUCCAGGAUGAGCGUAGCCCUGCAGGACCUCCGGAACACCAUGUCCAGCUAUAAGCGAGCUACGUUGGAGGAGGAGGAGGAGGAGGUGUCGGAUGCUCCUGCUGAGGCCUCCUCGUCUCCUGACAGAGUGGAGGUGGGCUUCAGGAAGGGAGGGGUGGACCUCCUGGGGAGGAGAACCCAGCUGGAGGUUCUCCUGUCGGUUCUCCUCCUGGCUGCUCUCCUCGCUCUGAUGGCCUGUCUGCUGCUACUGGGCCUGGGACUCAGCUCAGACAGUGGGCGUGGCCUGUGCCUGUCGGAGGCGUGCAUCACGGUGGCCAGUCAGAUGGUGGAGGCCAUGGACCGCACCGCAGACCCCUGCUACGACUUCUACCAGUUCUCCUGUGGAGGCUGGAUGAGGAAGAACCCGCUGCCGGACGGACGGUCCCGCUGGUCCACCUUCAACAGCAUCUGGGAGCAGAACCAGGCCCUGCUCAAACACCUGUUAGAAAACGGGACGUUCAACGGCAGCAGUGAAGCGGAGAGGAAGACUCAGUCCUACUACCUGUCCUGUCUCAACACUCAGAGGAUCGAGGAGCUCGGGGCUCAGCCUCUCAUCGACCUCAUCGCCAAGAUCGGCGGGUGGAACAUGACGGGCCCCUGGGACAAAGACAACUUCAUGGAGGUCCUGAAGGUGGUGUCAGGUCCGUACAGAGCUCAGCCGUUCUUCAGUGUCGGAGUCAGCACCGACUCCAAAAACUCCAAUAGCAACGUCAUCCAGGUGGACCAAUCAGGGCUCUUCCUGCCGUCCAGGGACUAUUACCUCAACAAGACAGCCAAUGAGAAGGUGCUGGUGGCGUACCUGGACUACAUGGUGGAGCUGGGAAUGCUCCUGGGGGGCGAGAGGAGCUCAACCCAGCAGCAGAUGCAGCAGAUUCUGGAGUUUGAGACGGCACUCGCCAACUUCACCGUCCCCCAGGACCAGCGCCGAGACGAGGAGAAGAUGUACCACAAGGUCACCAUCGCUGAUCUUCAGCUGCUGGCUCCAGCGGUGGACUGGUUGGACUACCUGUCCUCCUCUCUGUCUCCUCUGGAGCUCAACGACACCGAGCCCGUCGUCCUCUACGGCAGAGAAUACCUGCAGCAGGUGUCCGAGCUCAUCAACAAGACCGACCGCAGUCUGCUCAACAACUACAUGAUGUGGACUCUGGUUCAGAAGAGUGUCGCCAGUCUGGACCAGCGCUUCGAGAACGCUCAGGACAAACUGCUGGAGAGUCUCUACGGGACCAAAAAGUCCUGUACCCCCCGCUGGCAGACCUGUAUCGGAAACACUGACGACACGUUGGGCUUCGCUCUAGGGUCGCUCUUCGUCAAGGCAACAUUCGACAAACACAGUAAAGAGAUUGCCGAGGAAAUGAUCAACGAAAUCCGCACGGCGUUUAAAGAAUCUCUGGACCGACUCAGCUGGAUGGACGACCAGACGAGACAGGCUGCCAUAGACAAGGCAGACGCAAUCUACGACAUGAUCGGCUUCCCAGAAUUCAUCCUGGAUCCCAAAGAGCUGGACGACGUUUAUGACGGGUAUGAGGUGUCUGAGGACAGCUUCUUCCAGAACAUGUUGAAUUUCUAUAACUUCUCAGCGCGAGUGAUGGCCGACCAGCUGAGGAAGACCCCCAACAAAGACCAGUGGAGUAUGACUCCUCCUACAGUUAAUGCCUACUACAUGCCCACUAAGAACGGCAUCGUCUUCCCUGCCGGGAUCCUACAAGCUCCUUUCUACGCCCACGACCACCCCAAGGCGUUGAACUUCGGGGGGAUCGGGGUGGUGAUGGGUCAUGAGCUCACGCAUGCCUUCGACGAUCAGGGUCGUGAAUACGAUAAAGAAGGAAACCUGAGGCCGUGGUGGCAGAACUCGUCGGUGGAGGCGUUUCGUCAGAGGACCGAGUGCAUGGUGGACCAGUACAGCCACUACACCGUCAACGGAGAACACGUCAAUGGGAAACAAACACUCGGAGAAAACAUCGCAGAUAACGGCGGCCUGAAGGCGGCGUACCACGCGUAUCGCUCCUGGAUCCAGAGAAACGGAGACGAGAAGAGACUUCCUGCCGUCAACCUGACCAACGACCAGCUCUUCUUCGUGGGAUUUGCACAGGUGUGGUGCUCUGUCCGGACACCAGAGAGCGCUCAUGAGGGCCUGGUCACCGACCCUCACAGCCCCCCCAGGUACAGAGUCAUCGGGACCCUCGCCAACUCCCCCGACUUCAGCCGCCACUUUAAGUGUCCGACAGGGACGCCCAUGAACACUGGGAGGCGCUGCGAGGUCUGGUAGACGGACUGGAGGUUAAUUAGGUGGAUCGUUAGUGUCUUAAUUAGAGGCUGCAGGAGUAAACGCCAAUUAAUCUGUUAAUUAGACGACUCACUUCGUGUCUGAGCAGAAACAGACUGAGUGGACUUCACCAGACAUGAAGGACUGAUGAAGAUGACGAUGAAGACGAUGAAGAAGAAGCCACAUAUGACAGCAUUGAUUUACUAUUAUAAUUAUUAUUAAUUAAUUAAUUGUUAAUGGGCUUUGGUUUGUGUCUGUUGUAUGAAAGAGCUCUUUGACUCCGCCCCCUCUCUGCUGACAUCACUGUGAUGAACCGUGACAUCAUGUGUGUGUUUGUGUGUUGCUGUCGUCUGAUUGGCUGAAAGGUUUCAUUCAUUAAAACAGAUUUAAUUGAUCAUCAGUGAA